UGGUGUAAAUCUGUGGGGUGUAAAAUAUUUGUUUACCUACCUAUAUUUUUAGAAUUUAGGCUAUAUUUUAAUUUUUAGUGAUAUUUAAGUGAUUUUUUAUACUAAGUACCUAGGCAUUGAGAGAAGAAAAAAACUUGAAAACUAAAUCAUGGAUUCAGAAGAUGAUGUACUGGACACAUCUAGAUUAAAAUUUUCUGGAGACUUUGAUGAACAAGUCCAAGAGGUGAUGGAACACAUUCGCCUGCAGAGGGAGGAAGUGGAAGGAUUUAAUAGUCUUAUAACAGAUCUAUACCAUGUGCUCAGUCCAGUCUGGAAAGAUAUCCAAGUCCUAGCAUUUGGAUCCAUAGUGACGGGACUGGGGCUCAGAACCAGUGACGUAGACUGUUACAUACAACUGCCACCCUGGCUGCACCCGCCAGAAAAGUCCUUCGUCAUCAAAGCCAAGAAAAUUUUGAUGCAACAUCAACAUCUAUUCCAGAACGCUUUCGCAAUAGUACACGCCAAAGUGCCCAUAGUGCAGGUCUUCCACGUGCCUACUCAGGUGUACUGCGACCUGAGCUUCAACAGUCCAGCCGGUGUAGCCAACAGUAAGCUACUCACAUAUCUAUUAAACUCCAACAAAAAGGCCUUAUAUCUGGCAAUACUCAUCAAAUACUGGUCCAAAAUUCACCACUUAACAGGCACGAACCUCAUGUCCAGCUACUCUCUGACCUUGCUGGUCAUAUUCUUCCUCCAACAAAUCAAUAUGAUACAUCCCGUAAUGGACCUCCAGGAAAAUGUUGAAGAAAGCUACAUCGACGAGUGGAAUUCUGCCUUCAGCACACCAGAACAGUCGAAUAAGGAUGAUAAAUCAAUGUAUAAACUUUUAGGUGAAUUCUUCAAGUACUAUAAGACUUUCGAGUUUGAUAAGUAUAUAGUCUCUCUGUAUUUAGGUAGGCCGGUAGCUAGAGAACUUUUUACGAAAGUGGAAACUGUGCCAUCGAAUUUCGUACGGUACAAAACAAACGUAGGCGUCAAAAACUUGAAACCGUUAAGACUGGACACUGUGAUGUGCAUCCAAGAUCCUUUCCAGCACAACCGCAACUGCGCACUGGCUGUGUACGCCAAGUUAGGGCAGACAAUCUCAGCACAGAUACAAAGAGCUGUAUCUAUUUACGAAAACGAUAGCGAAAGGAUUUUUUUGAAGAAACUUUUGACUGAAACACCUGAUCACAGUCCCCUUGCCAAGAAAAAGAAGAAGAACCGCCCUCCACUGAACGGCGUGAAGAAGAAUUAUAGGCACAAUGAAAAGUUGAGGAAUGUCCAACAAAACUUUAGGCAGAAUUAUCAUUAUAGGGGCAGGAAUCAGGGUAACUGGAGGGGCGAGAGGAGAAAUAUCCACUAAGUGGUGUAGAAACCGUUAAAAAGCUGUUAACUCCAAAAAGUAGUUUUUGAGUUAUCACCAAAAAAACGUGGUAAUUUUUAAAAACAAAUGUUUCUAAAAAAUUUGGUACAUAGAGUCAAACUAAAAACCUUUGUCCUAUGUAGCAUUACUUUUUAAAAACAUCCUUUUUUAACAAUUCACACGUUUUUUGGUGAUAAGUCUAAAACUUUUUGCAUUUAACCACUUUUUAAAAAAAACUGCAGAAAGGUUGAUACACUGCAACAUUGGGUUUUUAACUCAGCCCAUAUACUAUGCGUUUCAAAUGUGAAAGCCACUGGCUCGGUGCUUUGUAACUCUUGUG